AUUAUUUAUUUAGAGGAACGUAUAAGAAGCAGCACAUCAUUCCCAAUUUAAUUUGCAAAAACACGAUGAAAUUCUGCAAGAAAUACCAGGAAUACAUGCAAACGCAAGAUCAGAAGAAAUUACCUGCUGUGGGUUUUAAAAAUCUCAAGAAGAUCUUGAAGCGCUGCCGUACUGAUACAAUUCUUUCACAGAAUUCUCGUCGAUCACAAUCGCCGUCGCCUCUUAACGAUUCUCCUCACGGCAGCUCUGCAAUUUGUCCUCAUCAUUGCUCUGUGUGCGAUGGAACUUUCUUUCCUUCCCUUUUCAAAGAAAUGUCAGAAGUGGUUGGAUGCUUUAACAAGCGUGCACAGAAACUGCUUGAUGUGCAUCUAGCAACAGGGUUUCGCAAGUACUAUGUUUGGUGCAAAGAUAAGUUGCAGGGUAAACAUGGUGCUUUGGCCAAAGAAGGCAAAGACCUCGUCAGUUACGCAAUUAUCAAUGCCAUUGCUAUGCGCAAAAUUCUCAAGAAAUAUGACAAGAUACAUUACUCAAAGCAUGGGCAAGCGUUUAGGUCACAAGUACAAAGCAUGCACAUGGAUAUCUUACAGUCUCCAUGGUUGUGUGAACUUAUUGCGUUUCAUAUUAAUUUGAGGGAAAGAAAGGGAAAGGGUAUUCGUUCUUCUGAGUUAUUCGAGGGCUGUUCUCUUGUGUUCAAUGAGGGAAAGCCGUCACUUUCAUGUGAGCUCUCUGAUACCUUGAAACUUGAGAUUGGUUUGACUUGUUCUAUAUGCUUGGAUACCGUAUUUGAUUCAGUGGCUCUUACUUGUGGGCACAUCUUCUGCUACAUGUGUGCUUGCAAGUCUGGCUCAACAGGAGUUUAUGAAGGAGCUCUUCAUUUAGAUGAGCUGAACAUUCUACUAAGUAGAAGUUGUCCUGAAUAUUGGGAAGAAAGACUAAAGAACGAAAGAGUAGAAAGAAUCCGCCAAGCAAAGGAGCACUGGGAAUCCCAAUCACGUGCAUUUCUUGGAAUUUAAGUGCAGGAUUUUCACCACAACCCCUUGAAUAACUAGCCUCAGUACUAAUCCUUGUGCACAGAUGUUGUU